GACCCGGCAGUAGCUCUUCUCUGCAAGCGGUUAUCUCUCCCAGUGCAACUCGCCGACUCCGGGCCCCCGAGGACUUGGGACCCGGGCUCGUGGACGCCGGCAUUGCCCAGGGUGACAGCACGGGAGCAUGGCCUUGUCCCUGAGCCGACUGGACGCAGGCCCCUGCUGGCGCGCGGCGCGCGGCGUCUGCGGAGAGCUGCGCGCUUGGUCCCAGCGCUGCGCUCCAGGACGCAUCUGCCGGCCCCCUGGCACGGCUGGCACCGAGCUGAGCCGCGGGCUGGGACACGGCCCGACGGCGAGAGGCCGCCCCUGGCUGGGGACCGGGCUGGCCGCGGGGCUGGCGGGGUUGGCGGGGCUGACCGCCGCCGCCUUCGGGCAUGUGCAGCGGGCGGAGAUGGUGCCCAAGAGCUCUGGGGCGCCGAGCCCCUCUCCCGGCAGGCGGGAGGAGGAAGACGAGCUGGCCCGCCGCUGUCAGUGCUUCAUGGCCUCACCUGUGACUGACCUGCGCGAGCUGCGGAGUAGGCCGGGCGACAUGAAGACCAAGAUGGAGCUGCUGAUCCUGGAGACCCAGGCCCAGGUGUGCCAGGCGCUGGCACAGGUAGACGGGGGCGCCAGCUUCUCUGUGGACCGGUGGGAGAGGAAGGAAGGAGGUGGCGGCAUAAGCUGUGUACUUCAAGAUGGGCAUGUUUUCGAAAAGGCUGGGGUGAGCAUUUCUGUCGUUCAUGGAAAUCUUUCUGAGGAAGCAGCAAAACAAAUGAGAAGCAGAGGAAAAAAUCUGAAGACUAAAGAUGGUAAAUUGCCAUUUUCUGCUAUGGGCGUGAGCUCUGUUAUCCACCCCAAGAAUCCUCAUGCUCCUACUAUCCAUUUCAACUACAGGUACUUUGAAGUAGAAGAAGCUGAUGGUAACAAGCUGUGGUGGUUUGGUGGUGGAUGUGACCUCACUCCAACGUACUUGAACCAAGAGGAUGCUGUCCAUUUUCACAGAAUUCUGAAGGAGGCUUGUGACCAGCAUGGUCCAGAUCUCUACCCCAAAUUUAAAAAAUGGUGUGAUGAUUACUUUUUUAUAGCCCAUCGUGGAGAGCGGAGGGGCAUUGGUGGUAUAUUUUUUGAUGAUCUCGACUCUCCAUCCAAGGAGGAGGUGUUUGGCUUUGUGCAGAGCUGUGCUCAGGCUGUUGUUCCUUCAUAUAUUCCCCUUGUGAAAAAGCACUGUGAUGACUCAUUCACUCCCCAGGAGAAGCUGUGGCAGCAGCUCAGAAGAGGACGAUAUGUAGAAUUUAAUCUGCUGUAUGAUCGGGGUACAAAGUUUGGCCUCUUCACCCCAGGAUCCAGGAUCGAAAGCAUCUUGAUGUCUCUACCUCUUACUGCCCGAUGGGAGUACAUGCAUUCACCCUCAGAGAAUUCCAAAGAAGCUGAAAUUCUGGAAGUUCUGCGCCAUCCCAGGGACUGGGUGCAUUGAUGCAGGCAGAGCGGCCGUGCUGGGCUUUGGAGGACACAGAUGUGUGUCCCCUUCCACUGGCUGGCACUGUCGCCACCAUGUGGCAGUUAGUUACUUGUGCCUCAGUGUUUCAGUCUUCUCCAGUGUGGGUCUCACCUCCUCCUUGUCAGGUGGUAAAAUGUUUUGGAUGCCAUCAGUGAUGGGCAGUGAGACAGCAGAUUGUUGUCAGAGUCAAUUGGUGAUAUAGAACUCAUUCAUACUUUUAGAAUCAUUUUAUAUGACUAGUUUACAAAAUAUGACAUUGAGUUUCCAAGUAUUGAGAUAAGGGAAUAUGAAUAUUAUAAUAUAUACAGGGAAACUCCUCAUCUUAUUUUUGUUUCAUGUAUUUUAAAAAGUUUCAGUUUCUGCCACAAAAAUCUAUGUUGUGGGAUACAUUUAUUUCAUUCAGAGAAGUUGAGAUGACUUGGUACUUUAAGCAUGCAGCUUGAAGGUAAAAGUUUGACUUUGUCAUUACUGAAGUGUCUUUGAUAUAAUCUUUACAUAUUUCUCUAGAGAUCAUAGUAUUGUAAAACAAAUAUUCAUUUUUAUAAUGAUAGAUAUUUAGGAGCACUUAAUUUUUUUUAAUCUUGUAUAUGUAACAAUUCAGUGAUUACCUGUAGUUUUUAACUCUAAAGUGACAUUACCGUUAUUUAAAUAAGGGAUGUCUAAGUUGUAAUUUUGAUUUUUUUGGAACCAUAAUUGUUAAUGUUGGGAUUCUUUGCCCUUUUGAAUGUGAAAGCUUAUAUCUCUGGAUUCUGAUGUUUAAAGUUUUAUAUUCCAGACAUUUCUACGUGGAAAUUUAGACUAAGAACAAUCCUAGGGAUAUUGGAAAUUAAUUUAGGAAAUGUUUCUCAUUUGGAAAAUGAGAUCAGAAAUAUUUUUCCUCUUUAGGGCUGGCCCAUGGCUCACUUGGGAGAAUGUGGUGCUGAUAACACCAAGGCCAUGGGUUUGGAUCCCUAUACAGGGAUGGCUGGUUAGCUCACUUGGGAGAAUGUGGUGCUGACAGCACCAAGUCAAGGGUUAAGAUCCCCUUACCAGCCAUGUUUAAAAAAUAAAUAAAUAAAUGAAUAAUUUCCCUCUUUAAUUAAAACAAACAUUUCUAGUGUGAGAAGCGUAUAUGCAUAUUUUAUACAUAUAUUUCUUUGCAAAAUGGACUAAUUGAAAUUGUCCUCUUUUUCAAAUUAAAGACUACAAUUCUUAUCUUUGUUUUUAAGAAAAAAUCACAACAGGAUUCUUAAUGUAUGACUUUUUUGUUCGUAUAAUAAUAUGAAUGUAUUAUUUUAUUUGAUUCAUAAUGAAGUUUGUAAAAAAUAAUAUCUCGUACAUAUUAUUUAAUAUUUUCCUGGAAUAUGAUUGUGUGUGGCUCUUUUAGGGCUGGAAAGUAUAUGAAUUUAUUCAACUGUCUUACAACAGAUCUGCUAAUAAAUUUCAUUAUGAAAUGA